AUGGGCUCCGUUGCUGCUGCCAAGCGCUUGCUCGCUCGCAACCCCUUAAACAGAUUCCUCCCGCCGCUCAACUUCAUCACUCUUCACUAUGCAUACUUCAUUAUCGUCUGUCUUCUGUCGUCGGUCAUCUUCUGGGCCUCAUCCGAUGCUGAGUUCAAGGUGAGCUACACCGAUAGCCUCUUCCUCGUGGUAUCUGCCAUGACCGAAGCUGGCCUCAACACCGUCAACCUCAGCCAAUUGACGACGUGGCAACAAACAAUCCUGUUCCUUCUGCUGCUACUCGGAAGCACGAUAUGGGUUUCCAUUUGGACUAUCUUGGCACGCAAGCACGUUUUUGAGAAACGCUUCGAUGAAAUCGUCCGAGCAGAGCGCGCCCGCAAACUCAGCCGCCAAGGCAGCACGAUAUCUCUGGCAUUGCCACGGCUGCCAUUGACUCUGCCAAAGCUCCAGCUCGCACUUUCUUUCGGAAAGGCCCAGACUGUACCGCCUCCAGAUCAGCCUUUCGAAGGGACUGGAAGCCGAAUUCCAGAGACGCACCCUCCUCCAGAUUAUCAGGACUCAGACACCACCGAAGGUCCGCCGCAGUUCCGACGGGCCAUGUCGACGCCACACGUGAACACGAGAGACAAGAACACGCCCAAGGAUGUUGAAGAUGUUGCAGACUCCCAAAACCCAGGUCAUAUUACGUUCGACGACACACCACACCCAAAUGCCACGCAGGCCACCUCGACUGGUGUUUCUGUGCAAGGCGAUGGAGUGGCUCUUCCAUCAAGGAGGCCUGCCAAGGCUCCCACGGACUCGGCCGAUAUCGACCUCGACGCUCGACACUUCUUGAAGCACCGUUCAGCUAGUCGCAAUGGUCAAUUCCACGACCUCACCAGCGCAGAGCGUGAUCAUCUUGGCGGCUGCGAGUACCGUGCUCUGAAGGUUCUUGCCACCAUCGUGCCCGCCUAUUUCUUCAUGUGGCAAUUUUUAACAUCCCUUGCCCUCGGAGCCUGGAUGAACAAUUACAUGCCCAAUACGGCAAGGGCCAAUGGUAUCAAUCCAUGGUGGCUUGGCAUCUUCAACGCAGUGUCGGCUUUCAACAACUCGGGCAUGUCACUGCUGGACGCCAAUAUGAUUCCCUUUCAAGAGGCAUACUAUGUCUUGAUUACGAUGGGACUGUUGAUUCUGGCCGGAAACACCGCAUACCCGCUAUUCCUACGUCUCAUCAUCUGGGGUAUGCUUCGGAUCCUGAAUCUGGCGACGCCGCAAGAGGCCUUCGCCGAUCUUAAGGCCACUUUGGAAUUUAUCCUGAAGUACCCUCGUCGGGUUUACACAAAUCUCUUCCCAUCCAGAGCGUCUUGGUGGCUAUUUUUCAUGCUUCUAUGGCUUAACUCUGUGGACUGGGUUGCCUUUGAGCUUCUCAAUAUUGGCAACUCGGUUAUCGAGAAGAUCCCGACCGGGUCCCGUAUCCUUGAUGGCUUAUUCCAAGCCCUAGAAGCUCCAUUCAAGAUGUGGAGAGACAUGAACUAA